AUGCAUAUAAAUAAGGGAAUAACAUAUUUACUUUUUCUGUGGUUUAUUGUAUUACACUUUGUAUACCAAAAGGUUAGGUGUGAAGAUUCUGAAGAAUCCUGGUCCCCUCCAGAAUUCGAACAUUAUGGUAGAGAACUACUAGAAUACAGAGGUCACCAUCAUCAUCAUCAUCAUCAUCAUUACAAUGGCUAUAGAAGUAAUAACUAUAACCAAUACUAUCAAUAUAAUAAUCAGCGACCUUAUUAUGAAGAAAGAGAACUCAUAGAAAGCAAUUUUCACCAUCAUAAUAAUGAUCAUAUUUGGGAUCAUUCAUUUUGGGAUCAUUCACAACAUUUUUUUGCAUUUAAUUUCAGUACAUCUACUACGACACUUCCUGUUACAAGCAUAUACACUUUUGCUCCUACUCAAACCACAACAGAAAUUUGGACAGAACAAGAAGGUCCUAUUCCGAGUAUAGAAGAGCCAACCACCACAACUACAACAAUCUGGACAAUUGAAACAAAUCCUAUACCAGAUGAGGAACCAAUUACAACAACUACAACAAUCUGGACAAUUGAAACAAAUCCUAUACCAGAUAAGGAACCAAUUACAACAACUACAACAAUCUGGACAAUUGAAACAAAUCCUAUACCAGAUAAGGAACCAAUUACAACAACUACAACAAUCUGGACAAUUGAAACAAAUCCUAUACCAGAUGAGGAACCAAUUACAACAACUACAACAAUCUGGACAAUUGAAACAAAUCCUAUACCAGAUGAGGAACCAAUUACAACAACUACAACAAUCUGGACAAUUGAAACAAAUCCUAUACCAGAUGAGGAACCAAUUACAACAACUACAACAAUCUGGACAAUUGAAACAAAUCCUAUACCAGAUGAGGAACCAAUUACAACAACUACAACAAUCUGGACAAUUGAAACAAAUCCUAUACCAGAUGAGGAACCAAUUACAACAACUACAACAAUCUGGACAAUUGAAACAAAUCCUAUACCAGAUGAGGAACCAAUUACAACAACUACAACAAUCUGGACAAUUGAAACAAAUCCUAUACCAGAUAAGGAACCAAUUACAACAACUACAACCACUAUCCCUACAACUACAAUUACAACUACUAUUCCUACAACUACAACUACGAUUACUAUCCCUACAACUACAAUUACAACCACUAUCUCUACAACUACAAUUACAACUACUAUCUCUACAACUACUACAGCCAUGACCACUAUUCCUAUAACUAUAACUACUAUUCCUACAACUACAAUUACAACCACUGUCCCUACAACUACAAUUACAACUACUAUUCCUACAACUACAACUACGAUCACUAUCCCUACAACUAUAACUACUAUUCCUACAACUACAAUUACAACCAUUAUCCCUACAACUACAAUUACAACUACUAUUCCUACAACUACAACUACAACUACUAUCACUAUCCCUACAACUACAACCAUGACCACUAUUCCUAUAACUAUAACUACUAUUCCUACAACUACAAUUACAACCACUGUCCCUACAACUACAAUUACAACUACUAUUCCUACAACUACAACUACGAUCACUAUCCCUACAACUAUAACUACUAUUCCUACAACUACAAUUACAACCACUAUCCCUACAACUACAGCUAUGACUACUAUUCCUAUAACUACUAUCCCUACAACUACAACCAUGACCACUAUUCCUAUAACUAUAACUACUAUUCCUACAACUACAAUUACGACCACUAUCCCUAUAACUACAACUACGAUCACUAUCCCCACAACUAUAACUACUAUCCCUACAACAACUAUUAUCCCUACAACUACAACCACUAUCCCUACAACUAUGAAUAUUAUCCCUACAACUAUAACUACAACUACUAUUCCUACAACUACAAUUAUGACUACUAUUCCUACAACUACAACUAUAACCACUAUCCCUGUAACAACUACUAUCCCUACAACUACAACUAUGACCACUAUCUCUACAACUAUAACUACUAUUCCUACAACAACUACAACUACUAUCCCUAUAACAACUAUGACCACUAUCUCUACAACUAUAACUACUAUUCCUACAACUACAACUACUAUUCCAACUACAACAGAAGCACCAAAAUAUGCAGUAUCUCUAGUAAUGGAUCUUUCCAAAGUACCAAAUAUUAAUGAUCUUAAAGAGAUUAGUUAUUCUGCUAAAAUAUUAUACAGGAAACUAUUAAAUAAAGGUAUACAUACAGAAAUUAUUUCAAUACAAUCCGAUAAUAUUAAUUCAGAUCCACAUUUUAGAAAUAAUUUGUUAUCAUCAAUUGAUAGCUUCGAAGGAAGUACGAAACUCGAGAGAUUUUUACAAAGAGUUGUACAAAGAAAUUUAAAUUACUACUUGAAUGAUGGUAAUCCAAAACAAAAAUUAGUUUAUAUAACAUCUGGCUUUACUGGUUGUACUUCUCCAAAAAGCUGUCCAAGUGUAAUUCAACUAAAAAAAGGAACGGAAGUUUUUGCUAUAGCUUUAAGAAAAAAUACAGCAAUUUACAGUGAACUGGAAUACAUGGUGACAUCACCAGUGAGUUCACAUGCAAUCCUUAUGGAGCAGCAUGAGUUUAGAGCAAACACUGACUUAGUAGCCAAUUGGAUUAGUGGUGAUCACAUAUUUACUGAUAAAAGGUACCUUUUACCAGAGAAGACCUUUAAGUAUUAUAGUCAAGAAUGUCUGAAAUGUUCUAGAAAUGCAGAAUGUAAAAAACAUCAUAAUACUAAUACAACUGAUGAACUUGGUAAAUAUGAGUGUAUAUGUUCACCAGGAUGGAAUGGAGAUGGUUUUUAUUGUGAUGACAUUAAUGAAUGUACAGAAAUAUCUAACCCAUGCCUCUUUAUGCAAUGCUGUAUAAACACUCCAGGAUCAUAUUACUGCAAAUACUCAUUAUUUAAAUGCUAA